UCAGAUGAAACAUACAAGCUUUUGAACCUGCUAUGUGAUUCUUAGUCACUCAUGCACCCAUCACACUCAUGUGAAAAUAUUACUGAAAUUGCUCAUAAAGAACUUGGCAAUAUAGAUCCAUACAUCAUCUUUACUCCUGCUUGCCAUGCUAAUGUUAGCCAGUCAAGUCAGCCAGUGAAAAGAAAGCAUAGAUUUGGUAGACUCGGUGCUGGGUAUGAUCCUUGCACAGCGGAGCACUCCACUAUUACUAUAUACUUCAAUCUACCUGAGGUCCAAAGGAUUCUUCAUGUUAGUCCAAAUCAUAAGCCUGCUAAAUGGAAGGCCUGCAGGAGGAAUAUUCUAAUGCUUUGGAAGUGAUUUAUCCAUUAAUAUGGGCUAUAUGGAAGCGAGGCUGUAGGAAGGUGUUUCAGAACAAACACUGGAGGUGGCUCGGUCCAAUAUUUUUAGGCCGAAUAGAUUUGAUUUUAUAUGGAGGGAUUAUCAUGGUGAAGUACCUUGCUGCAAUUCCUUAUUCAACGCAAAU